CACAUUUAUACGUUUGCUUUCCAUCCUUACAGGAAAAGCAUCCAUUUCUUUCAUUUACUGCUACGUGUUUGGAUUCUCUCAUCUCCUGUUUGUGGCUUGAUCACACUUUUAUUCUUUCCCCCGUAUUGAAGUAUCAUUUCCAGCCCUGUUUUCAUUCUUUCUCCAUGUUCUUUCUCCUAAUUUCCAUAUUCUUCUCCCUUAACUGCAUUAUUUUUAGCCUUCCCAGAUUUUUUCUCCUUUAAACUACUUUUUCCUACCCCAUUCUUCGCUUGAUUAUCUCUGCUUUCAUUCUUCUUUUGUUUUUGUUUUUUCCCCUUCCAGAAGUUCUUGAAACCUUUUAUUCCUUGUCCUUGAUAACUUCUGUUACCUGACUGUUACCUGCACAUCAUUUUUAAGUCUCUUCUGUGAGCUUCAUUUGUUCUUUUUUCACUCCCCCUCCCUGCCUCAUUUUGAAUAUCGUUCACUGACUCUUCCUCCCACUUCCAUCCCAUCUUUUUCAUCCUUUUUUCAAUUUUUGGACUUAUUCUCAUUUUCCAUUUAUACAACUUUCCUUGAUUUAUAUAGCCACUUUCCUUCCCCUUAUAGUGGAGGUUGCUGAUAUCCACGUUUAAUAUUAAAGGUGGAUGGAUAUAUACACAGAACAGAGAGUAGAGUUGUAGAAGGCUUUGAAGACCUUCCUACACAUUUUGAAGAGAUAAAUGAAAAGGAUGUGGGAAUGGAAGGGGUGGGGUUGUCAGUACUCCUAACAUUUUCUAGGGGGGUGAAGUUGCAUCCUUUUUCUGGGGGGGAAGGGGACUGACAAAUUUCAAGGCUGGCACAGAGGAAACAUAAGAAGGAUGGCGUUCUAGUACCAGCUACACUGGCCAUCUUGGGGGGUAGGGGGUUUAUUGCAUGCUCACAUGCGCACUCCAUUUUUCUUGACUUGAUGAAGACAUAAAGGCCUGUUGAGCUCCAUGUUUUUGAAGGUGGGCAACUUGCUUGUGGUAGUGUAGCAAACUUCAUUUUUUGUGGCCAAAUGACAGCUUGACCCAGUUGUUAUCCAACGAGAGGGCAUCACCUUGAAUGUCUCUUUGUAGUGCCACAGCCAGCGCAAAAAUGAUGGCGGCUUACAAUGGCGGUACAUCUGCAGCAGCAGCAGGUCACCACCACCACCACCACCACCACCUUCCUCAUCUCCCCCCUCCUCAUCUCCAUCACCACCACCACUCUCAGCACCACUUGCACCCAGGCUCUGCGGCUGCAGUACAUCCCGUACAGCAACAUGCUUCUUCGGCUGCUGCAGCAGCCGCAGCUGCGGCUGCUGCAGCCAUGUUAAACCCAGGUCAGCAGCAGCCAUAUUUUCCAUCACCGGCACCAGGUCAAGCCCCUGGACCAGCAGCAGCAGCCCCAGCUCAGGUACAAGCUGCAGCAGCUGCUGCAGUCAAAGCGCACCAUCAUCAGCACUCACAUCAUCCACAACAGCAACUGGAUAUUGAACCAGACAGGCCUAUUGGAUAUGGAGCCUUUGGUGUAGUUUGGUCAGUAACAGAUCCACGAGAUGGAAAGAGAGUUGCACUCAAAAAGAUGCCCAACGUCUUCCAAAAUCUGGUCUCUUGCAAAAGGGUCUUCCGUGAAUUGAAGAUGUUGUGUUUUUUUAAGCAUGACAAUGUGCUCUCUGCUCUCGACAUACUCCAGCCACCACACAUUGACUACUUUGAAGAAAUAUAUGUUGUUACAGAAUUGAUGCAGAGCGACCUCCAUAAGAUUAUUGUCUCUCCUCAGCCACUCAGCUCGGAUCAUGUAAAGGUUUUUCUUUACCAGAUUUUAAGAGGUCUGAAAUACUUACAUUCGGCUGGUAUUUUGCAUCGAGACAUUAAACCAGGGAACCUACUUGUGAACAGCAACUGUGUUCUUAAGAUCUGUGAUUUUGGCUUGGCCAGGGUGGAAGAAUUAGAUGAAUCUCGUCACAUGACUCAGGAAGUUGUCACUCAGUAUUAUCGAGCUCCGGAAAUCCUGAUGGGCAGCCGUCACUACAGCAAUGCUAUCGACAUCUGGUCCGUGGGCUGUAUAUUUGCAGAAUUGCUAGGACGGAGAAUAUUGUUUCAAGCGCAAAGUCCCAUUCAACAGUUGGAUUUGAUCACAGAUCUCUUAGGAACACCGUCACUGGAAGCAAUGAGGACGGCUUGUGAAGGCGCCAAGGCACACAUACUCAGGGGUCCUCAUAAACAGCCAUCCCUUCCUGUCCUGUAUACAUUAUCCAGCCAAGCUACACAUGAAGCCGUUCAUCUCCUUUGUAGGAUGUUGGUCUUUGAUCCAUCCAAAAGAAUAUCCGCUAAGGAUGCCUUAGCUCAUCCAUAUCUUGACGAAGGGCGUUUGCGAUAUCAUACCUGUAUGUGUAAAUGUUGUUUUUCCACCUCUACUGGAAGAGUUUACACCAGUGAUUUUGAACCCAUCACGAAUCCCAAAUUCGAUGAUACUUUUGAAAAGAACCUCAGUUCUGUUCGGCAGGUUAAAGAAAUAAUCCAUCAGUUCAUUUUGGAACAGCAGAAAGGAAACAGAGUGCCUCUGUGCAUCAACCCGCAAUCUGCUGCUUUUAAGAGCUUUAUUAGGUAACUUUCCACAGUCGCUCAGCCGUCCGAGAUGCCGCCAUCUCCACUGGUCUGGGAGUAAACGUGGAAGACGUACUACUGAAGACAUAAUGUAGCUUUCCACUGGAUUCUGGGAUUUGCAAUUCUGGACAUUUAAUCAUGCUUGUACUGUAAUUUUACUAAUGAAGUUUUAAAUUAACAACCACUAUCCUUGUAUGAUAUAUGAAUAAGACUUAGAAAUGUUAACUAGGCUUUUAAAAUUCCUGUCACGGGUGGGGUUGUGCUUUUAGGAGAAAAAAAAAAUAUUUUAUCCAGAGUUGCACAUGUUUUGUUUUUAAAGUAUGAAUUGUAGCGCAGCUGUAAUUUUGCUUGGCUCUGAGCAAACAGAGGGUUUGAACCAAAUUGGUGGGAAAGUUGCUUUAAAAAUAAAUAAACGAUGGGGCUUUUAUUCUUCUUCUUUUUUUCCAAGUGGAUAAGUCAUUUUUGAUAUUGAGCCAUUCCUGAAGAUUAGGGAUUUUUUUCUAAAACAAGAGAAUAAAAAGUUUAGGGAGUACAGAAGUUUUAAAAA